AUGGAGCAGACACCACCGACCAACAAUUUACCUCAAGCUGCUUUGCUCUAUUCUGUUUCUCAGUCGAAAACGCCGCUCUGGCAAUUCGAGCCAGAAGCAACCGCCGAAAAGAAAGAGCUGCCAAAGAAAGGAAUGGCCAAGACCUUCCACGAAAAGCUCUUUGGCCUCGAUUUUGACCGCUACAUCAGCGAAAAUGCCUAUGAUCUUUUUCGGCCAAAGAAUGGAGCGCCCGUGGACUUUCUAGUUGCGCUCUAUUCCGCAGCUUGUUCGAAAAGAUUUCCAGCGAUCUUUUGGAACGACUCGGAUCAUGAAUGGUUUCUUGUCAAUUUUCCACUACUUGGACGAUGCUGCCGCUCUUGCUCUCCAACAGGAACAGCAGAAAUCGACGCCUUCAAACGCUGGAUGGAAGUGAUCGGCUUUCAUCGAGUAGAAGAAGCAGAAUUUCCCGGGCCUCAUCUUUUGCGUUCUUCCACCCAGAUUUCAAAGAAAAUGAAGUUCUUCUUCUCGCCCGACUCGUCGAAAAGCGCAAGAAAACUGGUUGCGAAGAGAAUUUGA